GUUGCUGUCGGUCUCAUGUGGCCACACCACGCCAGUACUGGCUGUGUUUACAACGGUGAGGUGUAUGUUCUCAAAUGCAAAAAUAUGAUUUCUUUAUGCGAGAACGGGUGUUUGGCGAGGAAACCGCUCGCUCCCCAGCUGCGUGGCAAUUCUAAGAAUUGAAAAAUAAAAUUGCAAGAUUUGAAACAAAAUAAUGUUCCUCCGGUGAGGCAGCUUUAAGCGGAGCUCGCAUUACACGACUGUGUUGCAGGAUUGUAUAAAAACAGGAGGGAGUGUUGUGUAGCGGUUGCAGCCGCGGGAUCUCAUGUGUUGCACAGGGAGAGAGGAGAGCGGCUCUUUCUCAGCACCUCCUUGAUACCAUGCAGUGUACAGGGAGAGGGUGAUGUGGACCAUCCAACUCCUGGCUGUGGCUCUGGUCGCUACCGCCAGCCUCCCGUCUUGCAAGGGCUGGAGUGGAGAGGACUUCUUCCUGCAUCCCAACGGCACUUCUCUCAACUUCUCCUUGGCUGCCUUGGAGUUGGGCUCUGCCCCGGGCGCUGUCAAGGCUAACGGUGCUAUCGGCCAGGGCAACCAGUGCAACAUCACCGUCCUGAGGCUGGUGUCCACCUCGCUGCUGGCCCGCUGGGAUCGAUCACUGGGCUUCCACUGCGACGUGCUUCUCUUCACCACCAACACCAAUGCCAGGUCCUUCUUCUCGGCGGCUUUCAACAGGGUCUUCCCCCCUCUGAUCAUCGACCAUGUGGGGGUCGGAGGAGCGGGGCAGCAGGAGUUCAAACUCUGCGUAGGUUGCGGGCAGAGGCCGCGCAAGAGGAGGACAGCCCUUCAAGGGCAGCAGGUCAACUUUUGUUGCCUGGACUUUAGCCUGGGGGAGUUGAGCUGGGACAAGGGCUGGAGGCUCAACCGCAAGCCCAUCGAAUCCACCCUGGUGGCUUGUUUCAUGACCAUGGUGAUCGUCAUCUGGAGCGUGGCUGCACUGAUCUGGCCGGUCCCCAUCAUCGCAGGCUUCCUACCCAACGGCAUGGAGCAGAGGCGAGGCUGAAGUUUGCCGUCUUGCCCGCUCAACUAUGCACGGACGGACGACCUGGAACCUACCGACCUCUCCCACCCACCCACCCACCGUCCCAUCCAAGGAAAGUGAGCAACAGGCAUCUCUCUUUGUCUGCAACUACACGUCUGUGGCAGCGCACACACAUCUUGGUGGCACCGAUGACAACCAGAUUAAAUCCACAGAAAGAAUGAAGCUUUUGUUUAUACAAACUGUGGCACAAUUGUCUUUUGUACUCGCACUUAGAUCUUCUGCAAGUUUGACGAGGGUUUGGAAGGGUCGGAGCAGCCUUUCUAACGGUUAAACAUGUAUACUUUUAUUUUCUGGAGAAUACAGGUAAUAAAUGUAAGCUUUAAGUAAUGUGGCAUUCCAUCGAUUUGCUGCAUCUCGUCCUAUCGAGAUUUGGGUAAGAGCAUGAUAAUUUUCAUUAGCAAAUUUGUUAGGCUCCGGGCGAUGCUUGUCGGAGAAUCUGCUUUUUAUUUUGCAAUUCAUUUUCUGGUCAAGCAACUCCAUAUCAAGGCAAUGCCCACCACUGCCUGGUUACUGAUCAUUCAAGCAACACAUAACACGUAACUAUCAUAUGGCACUGUAUGGCAUCAGCAGUUUGCAAAAUUAGCUCUGGUCAUGCACCAAUUAAUUUUUUUAUUUUUUUUUUGUACUGGUACACGCAUCAAUUCACCUCCAUUGGAGUAGACGAAGGAGCAUGUUGGGCUUGUUCAUAACAGCCUUUCCAUCUCAUCACUAAAAAAUGGUUUUUGAAAUUUGUAUUUGGAAAGAAUUUGACCAGAGCUUUUGAAGUUGUAUGAAUUACAUUUAAAUGUGUUGAUUUUUUAUUGGAUAAAAGUAUUUGAAAACA